UGCUCGGCGGCCGGGGACACSGCCGGGGACACGGCGGCCCGGCACUUUCCCGGAGGCUGCCGCGCACCCGAGCCCGGUGUGGACUCGCCGCGUUGCGUCGGACGCUACGACUGAAUGCACCCUCCAAUGUGCUCUAAAGAAUGGGCUUACAUUUCGAGUGGCCAUUAGGGGCUCGUAUGCUGGCAGCACUAUAUGCAAUGAGUAUGGUUUUAAAAAUGCUGCCUGCCUUGGGCAUGGCUUGUCCACCAAAAUGUCGCUGUGAGAAGCUGCUCUUUUACUGUGACUCUCAGGGGUUUCACUCAGUGCCAAACACCACUGAAAAGGGCUCUCUAGGUUUGUCAUUGAGGCACAAUUAUAUUACUGAACUUGAGAGGGAUCAAUUUGCGAGCUUCAGUCAACUGACUUGGCUUCACUUAGAUCAUAAUCAAAUUUCUACAGUCAGAGAAGAUUCUUUUCAAGGACUGUAUAAACUUAAGGAAUUAGUCUUAAGUUCCAACAAAAUCUUUCAUUUGCCCAACACCACUUUUAGCCAGCUGCUUAACCUGCAAAAUUUGGACCUCUCUUUUAAUCAGUUGUCCUCCCUGCACCCGGAGUUGUUCUAUGGCCUUCGCAAACUACAAACCUUGCAUUUGCGUUCCAACUCCCUGCGGACUAUCCCGGUCCGCCUGUUCUGGGACUGCCGUAGCUUGGAGUUCCUGGACCUGAGCACAAACCGCUUGCGGAGUUUGGCUCGCAACGGCUUUGCGGGAUUAAUCAAGCUGCGGGAGCUGCACCUGGAGCACAACCAGCUGACCAAGAUUAAUUUUGCUCAUUUCCUUCGCCUGAGCAGCCUGCAGACGCUCUUCCUACAGGGCAACAAAAUCAGCAACCUGACAUGCGGGAUGGAGUGGACCUGGGGCACCUUAGAAAAGCUCGACUUGACGGCGAACGAGAUCAAAGCCAUCGAUGCGACSGUUUUUGAGACCAUGCCCAACCUGAAAACACUCCUCAUGGACAACAACAAGCUGACCACGCUGGAGCCCAAGACGCUGAGCUCGCUCCCGUCACUGGCCAUGGUGGGCCUCUCGGGCAACCUGUGGGACUGCAGCGGCAAGAUCUGCGCGCUGGCCGCCUGGCUGAGCGCCUUCCAGGGCCGCUGGGAGCACGCGGUGCUCUGCCACAGCCCGCAGCAGGCGCAGGGCGAGGACAUCCUCGACGCCGUCCACGGCUUCCAGCUCUGCCGCAACGCGUCGGGCGCCGCCACGGAGGCGCCGCCGGCGGCGCCGUCCCCGUCCCGCGCACCCACCCCGGAGCCGGCGCCGCGCGGCAGCUCGUCCCGCUCGCCCGCGCCUGACGAGGAGGCGCCCACCACGGCGGGCACGGCGGUCACCAGCGCAGAGCCCUUCCCCGAGCCCAGCAACGCCGUCUUCACCCAGCGGGUCAUCACAGGGACAAUGGCUUUACUGUUUGCUUUCUUUUUUAUCAUUUUUAUAGUGUUCAUCUCCAGGAAGUGCUGCCCCCCCACGCUGCGAAGAAUCAGGCAGUGCUCAAUGAUUCAAAACCACCGGCAACUGCGCUCCCAAACGCGGCUGCACAUGGCCAGCAUGGCAGACCAGGGGCCGUACAACGAGUACGAACCCACCCACGAAGGACCCUUCAUCAUUAUCAACGGCUACGGACAAUGCAAGUGCCAGCAGCUGCCCUACAAGGAAUGUGAGGUAUAA